AACUGCUAGUUGGAGUAUGUUUUUAUUUGUGCGUUAUAUUUGAAAAUCUAUAUUUAAAACAACUAAGAUUCUAACUAUUGAUUUAUAAUUAUGGAAACAGUAUACAGCCGAGCAUGCAACAAACGCAUCUGUUGUACAUACAUCUUCACGUUUUCACUUCUCGUCCUCUUUUUCUAUCACUUGAUGUGGAAUAACAGAAAAAGUAUUAUAGGACUCUCGCGCCUGCAACAGGACGUCAACUGCAUAUCCCAAGCGCUCAAAGUGGAUUGCUCGACAAUGAGAUUUGACAGCUUGCCAUCAGAAUCGGGUACUUGUAACCCAACUAUGGAUCUAAAGGGAUCCAUAUCAUGCGAAUCGACCGAAUUGAAUAAUUGUGUGGAAACAGUGGUAAAACGCAAGAUUGGCAGCCUAAUGGACGAUGUAUACAGUAUCAAAAAAAGAAUUGAACAAUCCGCAUGUAAAGAAUCACUGGAAAGUGCAGCCGAGGCAAAUAAACAAGAAAUAUAUCCACCUCGUAUCAAUUAUGCUUCUGAGGAGCUGGGAGCUCGCAUAAUUUCCGCCCUAGCAAACCCAAUUGCUGAUACCAACUUGCUUAAGACGUUGCUUGGCUUGGAAUUCAGUACAAAUCCGCCUAUUAAUAUGCUGAGGCCAAGCUUAAUGCCAGGAUCGUGUUUCGGUUUUCGAGGCAGUCAGGCAACGAUUACACUACAUCUAGCCAAAACUAUCUAUGUGGAGCAAAUAAGUUUGACCCAUGUUCCCAAAGAGAUGACUCCGAACAAGUGUGUUAAUAAUGCACCAAAAGAUUUUGAAGUUUAUGGUGUGACUUCGAAUAAGAAAAAAGAGCUAUUGGGCAAUUGGAGAUUCAAAAAUGAACCAAAUGAGCGCACAGAGAAUUAUAUUGUCAAUAAUAAUUGUCCGUUUCGUAUAUUGCUUUUCAAAUUCAACUCAAAUCAUGGCGCCAAUUCUACUUGCAUAUAUCGCGUGGAAGUAUUUGGCCAAGCAAUAGGCGUGAUUUAAAAUGUCUUUGAAAUAGUUUUAAAAAAAUGUUUGUUAAAUUGUUUUGAAGUUAUUUAAACUGUUAAUUCUUUUAUCAUGUUUCUCUUAACAGUUAAUUAAAAACUACAUAUAUCGUGUAGGCUUAAAGUUAGACAUGAGCGAUAACGAUUAUCGUUUUGGUUUUGGCAAAGAUAAAAUUGAAAUAAAUAAGUUGAAACACGAUGGGUUGUGGCGAUUGAAUCUAAAUAACAAUAAUAAUCUUGUGGCAUGUAACUUAA